AUGCUACCUACCGCUACCAAGAAGCCACCGUCGAUGAGGGCAUUGACGGCUCGUUUGAAGGAAAUCAAUCUGUCCUUCAACGAUAUUUUGCGGUUUUUCCAAGCGUUUAGAGCAACCAACACCGCUACUGAGGUUGAGGUACGCCUGGGUAAGUUGGAUCAGCUUUGGGAAAGUUACAGUGAGGUCUUAGUGGAAAUCUUCGCCCACGAUGACUACAAUCCGGAAAGUGCCACGGUAGAUAAGGAGCGUACGGAGUUUAGCGAUCGCUACUAUGAAACGAAGUCGUUUUUAAUGGACAAAGCCAAGGAUUUCCAGAAAGCACAUGCAUUGGAACAGUCCAUGAGAACAAGUGAUGCUUCGGUGCACGGAUCCGUUGAUCACGUUCGUCUGCCACAGAUCAAACUGCAAACUUUCAACGGUGACAUCGAUGAACGGCUUAGCUUCCGUGAUUUAUACACGUCACUCAUCCAUUGGAAGGUGGAUCUACCAGAUGUGGAAAAGUUCCACUACCUUGAAGGGUGUCUGCAAGGGGAACCAAGGAACCUGAUCGAUUCUCUACCGAUCACGAAGGCCAACUACCAGGUGGCCUUGGAAUCAUUAUUGCGCCGGUACAAUAACAGCAAGCACUUGAAAAAGCGGCAGGUACAGUCGUUGUUUAAGCUGACGCUCUCCAAAGAAUCUGGAACUGAACUGCACACUCUCGUGGAAGGCUUUGAGAGGAUAGUGCAGACUCUCGAUCAGAUUAUCCAGCCAGCCGAUUAUAAGGAUCUUCUGCUGCUGAAUAUCCUCACUGCUCAAACCUUUUUCUCCUGA